GGAGUCCAACUGUCUAUUGUUUGGAGGGGUACCUUUCCCGCCAUCGACCAUUUCUCUCAACGAGCAAAUUUAGGGCACAUUCUUUCCGCUCCUCACCACUUCCAUUGAAAGUUUCUGGUGCCUUUAAUUUUACUGAGGAGUUGCGAAAACGCUAUCGUGAUGUCUGGAAGAAAAGAAACUGUUCUGGAUUUGGCUAAGUUUGUAGACAAGGGCGUCCAAGUGAAGCUUACCGGCGGCAGACAAGUUACUGGAACGCUAAAAGGAUAUGAUCAAUUGCUGAACCUUGUGCUGGAUGAAGCUAUAGAGUUUUUAAGAGAUUCUGAUGAUCCGUUGAAGACAACAGAUCAAACCAGACGUCUUGGCCUAAUUGUCUGCAGGGGGACUGCCGUAAUGCUUGUGUCUCCAGUUGAUGGUACAGACGAGAUUGCUAACCCCUUUAUCCAACCGGAUGGUGCAUAGGUGUAAUUUUUUGUUUACUUUACUUUCCCAGUUCUCUAUCUGAAUAUCAAGUUCCGCUAUUUUCUUUGUGAUUCCUCUAUCUCUCUCUCCCUCUCUCUAUUAAAAACAAUUGAGUUUGAACCCUUCUAUCUAGAUACGUGGAGCACUUAUCCAUGUGAAGUAAAAUUGUGAAAUUUUGUUAAUUUCAGUAAACUUACCGCUUUCUUUUGAGUUUA